AUGACAAUCGCACUUGAUUACAAACCAGCGCAGCCCAAUCUUUUUGCAGACCACAUAUCUGGUCAGCGUAUUGCGCUGAUCCCGUCUCUAAUACUUGAAUCUGGGCACGAACUUAAGUCGUGCCAAGUGGCCUAUAAAACUUGGGGCCAGCUCAAUGCUACGCGGGACAAUGUGCUGAUCGUCUGUCAUGCACUCUCCGGGAGCAGUGAUGUUGCUGAUUGGUGGGCGCCUCUCAUGGGCCCAGGAAAAGCCCUGGACUAUACGCGGUUUUUUAUCUUCUGCGGAAAUGCACUCGGAUCGCCCUACGGAAGUUCAUCGCCCUUAACAGCAAAUGCUGAGACUGGACGACCCUACGGCCCUGAAUUCCCACCCACCAGUAUCAGGGAUGAUGUGAUAGCACACAAGUUAGUCCUUGAUGCACUGGGCGUUUUAUCCGUUGCUGCCGUAAUUGGAGGAUCCAUGGGAGGCAUGACAACGAUCGAGUGGCCCCUCUGUACGCCGCCCGGGUUCGUGAAGGCUGUUAUCCCUAUUGCAACCUCGAUUGCUCAGAGCGCUUGGGGAAUUUCAUGGUCUGAGGUCCAGAGGCGCUGUAUUCUUUCGGAUCCUUUGUUCCGUGACGGUUACUACGAGCUGAACCAGCAGCCGACAUCUGGCCUUGCGACAGCGCGCAUGGUGGCCAUGUUAACCUACCGUUCAGGUGAGAGCUUCGAGAAGCGGUUCGGCAGGAAACCAUCCAGCCAGCGCAAGCACUUCAUACCACCUACAGUGGAACCAGCAUGUAACGGUUCAUCAACUCAUCCAUCAGUAAAUUUACCAGCGCCGCCCUCGAAGACCCCUAUGAGGCAAUUUUCUGCUCAGGAUUAUCUUGAUUACCAGGGAGCGAAGUUUCUGCGUCGGUUUGAUGCGAACUGUUAUCUCCACUUGACUCAUAAAAUGGACAUGCACGAUGUUCGGCGUGGUCGUGUGCCCGAGGGUUGUCAUUCCAAUUUGAACGGCGAGGGCAGCCCUCCCGACAACAUCACAGCUGCCGUACUCUCGCGUGUACCGUCGCAUGCCUUAGUCGUUGGCAUCGAGUCUGAUGUUCUCUUUCUCCCUACCCAACAACAUGACCUAGCCACUUCCCUUCCGGAUGCCAAACUGGUCAUGCUCAAGUCGCCAGAUGGACACGAUGCGUUUCUGCUCGAGUUCGAAAGAUUGAAUCAUUUGAUUAUUGACCGGCUGAAAUCGCAGUUCCCAACCAUGUACGAAGGAUUCGUGGAGAGGGUAGCAAACGUUGACAUGUCCACUUUGACGAAUGGGACCAGCGUGGGUGAGAUGGACUGA